AUGCAAGAGCAUAAGAGUUGCUUCAAGAAUACCAUCCACAAGAUGUUUGGAAUGUCGAAGAUUGUUGCGCAGAGAGAGGCUAAUGUUGAGUCUAAAGAAGUCGAGAGUUCUUUGGCCCUUCGUACUUUUCGAGUUUCUCUAUUGUCCUUAGAACAAAGAGAACAAGCACUCGUUCAAGAAAAUCUAAUUCCAAGAGUCAAACUUCGAAACCAGGGGUUGGAGGUUUCUAAGUUGGGGUUUGAAUGUACCGUUCUCAGUGGACUGUACAAUUAUCCUCUGACUGAUGAGGAAGAAAUACCAAUCAUUAUGCAUGCUUUCAGUAAGGUUAUCACUUUCUUUGACACAACAAAUAUUUAUGGUGAAAAUGCUAAUGAAAGUCUAGUUGGAAAGGCUCUGAAGCAGUUGCCCAGAGAUAAAAUCCAGGUAGCCACUAAAUUUGGUAUGCUCAAAAUAGGACCCGAUGGCCUGGUAGUUUGUGGCCGACCGAAAUAUGUAGGAGAAAGCUCUGAAGCUAGCCUUAAGCGUCUUGAUGUGCAAUAUAUUGAUCUCUAUUACCAGCAUCUUUUGAGGACACGACGGAAGAACUUAAGAAGUUAGUUGAAGAAGGGAAUAAAGUAUAUGUUGGGUUAUUCAAAGCUCUUUCGGAAACAAUAUAGAGGGCUCAUGCAGUGCACCCAUGCUUUACAAAUGGAAUGGUCCCCAUGGUCUCGCGUAUAAAGGGAGAGAUAGUCCCCCUUUGCAGGUAAGUUCUUAAAAGUAAAUCCUCUUGCGAACUCACUAAUUAGUCGGCAAAUUAGCUGUUUCCCCUUUGGUCAGGAAACUGGUCCAAGGUCUUUCUUUGGCUGGAAAACAAUGAUUUUACAUUUCAAACCAUACAAAUUAUAAAUCUUUAUUUAUUUAUGGGUAGGUCAUUGUGUCGUGUUUCCUCAGUCAUAGUAGGAAGGAAAACUCUACCUUAUCCUUGAUAUUUUAGGUGUUGACUCCAUUUGUAUCUUAUAGCUAUUCAUAUUUGUUUGGCUUUUCCAAAAUUUUUGUUUGUCUCAAUGAGUUGAGGUCAGUUUUGCAAGUCCAAUUAGAUUCAUGAGCUCCACUUUGUGGCUUUUAGUGUGCAAUUACUCAUGCUAUCAAUAUUUUAAAUUUGGGCACAGAAAUUCCUGUAUGUUCUCUUUAAGAAAACUCUUUAUUCUGUCGGCUUGAAUUGCUUUUUCCCUUUUGUACACGAGUGAAAGGAGGAAGCCUAUAUAAUGCAAAAAAAAUCGCUGUAGUUUCUAUAUUUAACGGGAACUGUGGGUUCAACAUUCAAAUUCUUUUUAUUUAAUGCAAGGAAAUUGGAACUGGAAUAGUGGCUUAUAGCCCUCUAGGCCGUGGAUCUUUUGGUGAGAAAUAAAAUAUUCCAGCCUUGCCUGCUAAAGGUUCUUGGAAUGAUUUUGGAACUGAUAAACCAUCCACUAUAAAAACGUUUCGAAUUAAUUUUUAUAGUAACUGCCAGGCUGAACAUCCAAGUUUCACCGAUGAAAAUUUAAAAACAAACAAAAUAUUGUACGAACAAGUUGUGAAAGUUGGCCGGAAAGUUCGGCUGUACCUCCUCUCAGUUAGCUCUCGCAUCGCAUGGAUUCUUUGCCAGUGCAUUGAUGCGGUCCCUAUCCCUGGUAAAAGUUUAUCUUCCUUUUUAUUUUUUCUGGUCCAAGAGGUAAAGUUCUGUCGCCUAGUGCAAUUCAGAAGGAAGCAAUUCUUUGUUAGCUCGUAUGCAUUAUGUUGUGCCAAUCCAAUACAAUACUUUUCAAUUUUCUUUUCCUUAUGAAAUUUAUAGGGCAACAAACAAGACCAGGCAUGUAGAUGACAACACUAGCCCUUUGCUGAGUGAAUCUUGCCGUAGAAGAUUUGAAGGAGAUUGCAGAAACCGUAAAUGAUAAUGAGGUGGCCGUCAUUACUAGAACUUACGCCUACAUACUCUUUUACUCUUGGAGGUUCGCAACUACUCCGACUAAAGAAGGAACCGCCUGUCAUCAGAAUUUAUAGUGCACCAGUUCAUUACUUUUGAACCGACAAUAAGCUUAAACUGUGUAUAUAUUAUCUAGCAGUCCAUUUUGUUAAUUCAUUCCUAAAAACGAUCUUUUUAAUUAAGGCUUAAUUCUUACUUAUAUCAUA